AACUUAACUUUCAAGAAGAUGGCUGCAUCACGUUUAGCGUCAAUUUUUGGUACAGAACAGGAUAGAGUUAAUUGUUCAUUCUAUUAUAAAAUUGGUGCAUGUCGCCACGGUGAAAGAUGCUCGAGGAAGCACAUAAAGCCACAGUUCUCUCAGACGAUAGUUAUGCCAAACGUAUACCAAAACCCAAUGCACAGACCAGAUAAUAAGCUCGAUCAGAGGGGAAUACAAGUUGAUUUCGACAUGUUCUUCGAGGAUUUGUUCAUGGAACUCUGCAAAUUUGGCAAUCUCCUAGAAAUGCACGUAUGUGAUAACGUUGGUGACCAUCUCAUCGGAAAUGUCUACGCGAGGUACGAAUGGGAGACAGAAGCACAAGCCGCUGUAGAUAAGCUUAAUGAGAGGUGGUACGCUGGUAGACCAUUGCAUUGUGAGCUCAGUCCAGUUACAGACUUUAGAGAAGCUUGCUGCAGACAAAAUGAUACCGGUGAUUGCAACAGAGGAGGUUUCUGCAACUUCAUGCACUUGAAACGUCCUACUAGAAGUCUGAUUAGAGAUCUUCAACACUCUCAGAGACUUGAAAGGAAAUUGCGCGCACAUGAGCAGGAAGAUAGAGAUAGACCAACGAACGGUAGACACAGCGAAAGAUCAAGAUCAAGAUCUCCUAGAAGGUAACUUUAAGUAUAAUACAGAUUAACUAUUUUAUAAUUUUAUCAUCAAGUGUAUUAUUGUAAAUUGAUAUUGCUUCCCCC